AUGUCGUUUAACUUCUCUGAGGUUCAGACGGGAUUUGAAUAUGAAGUGUGUAAAUUAAAACUUGGAUCUGGCAGCAGUGGUACUGUAUUUCUUGCCCAGCACAGACACACACAUGAACUCGUAGCGGUGAAACGACUCUAUGCAAAGGGAAUAGCAGCAGCUGAUAGUCCUGUAAAUCACGUAUCUUUCUCUUCUUCUUAUCAUCAUCAUUAUCAUUAUCAUCCACUAGAAUCUUUAACUGUUACACCUGAAGGGAAACAUUCAGAUGUUACGGCUAUUGCUUCUUCGUGUUCCUCGGCUGCUUUUCCAGAUGAUGGGAAACAUUGUUCUGAAAUAUUUCAUAAUAAUGAGGAAAUGGAAAUUAAUGAUGAUGUGAAUGAUAAUGAUAAUAGUGAUAAUAAUAAUAAUACUAAUAAUAAUGAGGAUGGUUUACAGGAGAAUGCAGGAGAAGAAGAAGAAGAAUAUCCACAUCCAUACGAGGAUGAUGAAGUGCAUGAGAUUAGUUCUCUACGUGAAGAAGAAUUACCCACGGAGUAUGUACGAAAACUACCAAUGUGGGAGAAACCCCAUCCGCCCAGGGUUGUACGUCUUCCCUCUGAAAGUACUAUUCUUCAGUAUCUUGGUCCACAUCAUCAUAUUGUAAAGUUUCUGGGAAGUUAUACAAACUCAAACAGAGUCACAUUCUUCGCAAUGGAAUUGAUGGAUAGUGAUCUUGGUAGAGAACUUCGUGCUGCUAAUACGGCUUUCAUGAUGGAAGAUAUUACACGUCCACUUCUGCAUGGAAUCAUUGCGGCCAUUUCGCAUCUUCAUAAACGUGGAAUAGCACAUCGAGAUAUCAAACCAAGUAAUAUUUUACUAAAACGAGCGGAACCUGCAAGAAUUGUAGUAGAUACAUCCAUUAGGGAUAUUACCUCUUCAUUAUAUGAUACGGAAGAAGGGACUAAUAAUAAUAAUAAUAAUAAUAAUAAUAAUAAUAAUAAUAGUAGUACUAGUAGUAGAGAAAAGAAUAAUAAUUGUACAAAUGAUGAUAUGUUACAGACACAGAGUUUUCCUCUUUUUAAAAAAGAAGAAGAACGUGUAAAAGCUACACUUGGAGAUUUCAGUGCAGCCCAUUUUAUACAUGAAAGUGAAAAUGUAGGAAGUGGAAGAGGAACAUUAUAUUAUAAAUCUCCUGAGCAAUUGAUGGGUCGUGCAGAAGAUUAUUUGGCUUGUGAUAUGUGGGCAUUGGGUUGUACAAUGUUUGAACUCGCUACUGGAUCUGUUGCCUUUUGUGGAUCUACAGAUUUACAAGUUCUUCAUCAGAUUUGUGCAAAGUUGGGAACAGACUUUCAACAUUAUCCAGAGAAUACACAUGAAACGACAUUAUUUGAUAGUCUUUCUUCUCCAUCUCCGGCUUAUCUUGACUUUUUAAAAAGUCUUCUCACGCUGGAUCCUCGUAAACGUCUCACCGCAUCAGAGGCGUUAAAACAUGUUUUCUUUGAUCCUAUAAGAGAACAAUAUGGUGUGGAUUGUGAAAACGCAGAAGUGACAUUUCCCCUUCGAUCACGAUGUAGAUCAUCUGUAGAUCCUAAAAAUCUUACAUUCCGACCUAUUGCAACUACUCCAACUAAACGAUCAAGAGUAUCGGCUGUUGCUGGAGGAAGAGGAAGAAAUAAUAUGAAUAGUAGUAAUGUUGGUAUGAGUAAAGGAGCUGGUAAUGGUAAUGGUAAUAAGCCAAGAUGUAAUUUUGGAUUAAAUCCAUCUGAUAUAAGUGUUUCUAUGUCUUGUCAACAUUACAGUAAUUGGUCUUCUUCUAUUAGUGCCACUCCCAGCCCUUCCUUACAAUCCGCACAUAUGCAUUAUCAUCAUGAAAGUAUGGAUACCUCUCGUCGUCGUUCUUAUUUAAAUAGUGGAUGGGGAAACUGUACCGCUACAAGACGUCUUUCUAUUUCUUCCUGUGCUGCUGGUGUAGCCACGCAGGGACGAGAUGAGAACUCACGAUUAAUUGGACCUGCACUUUCACCGAUUGCAUUAUGUUUUAGUCCAGCAACUUCUAUUAAACCCUGCGGAAAUGGAAAUGGAAAUGGUACUCUCGCCUCGCAGAGUAGAGCCCCACGAUUAACUCCUUCUUCUCAUGUAACUCUUGGGAAUACACGAACCAAUAUAUUAUUUGAAAGAAAUGUAUUUGGUAAUAGUAGAGGUUUAACAACAAAUGCUAAUACCACAACGAAUGUGAAUAAUGUUGGGGUUUGUGGAGGUCCAACGGAACCGCAUGUAUUGUUUGAAGAUGAAUUUCACUCUUGUCGUUACGAUGCAGAUUCCCCAAGUGUUCGAAAAAUGCUUUUUGAAUCCCCAAUGCAAUCCCUUCGCUGCCGAUUGAAUGAGAGUCUUGAUAAAAUAGAUGGAAACUCCAUUCAUGAUGAUCACGAUGUUUCAUUUCAGCAGUGGAAAAAAACAAUGACAUCAUCUCCACAAAUGUUAAUGGCAGUAUCGGAAUCAUCUCCACCGUUGUUGGAUGUUUGCGGUGCGCAUCCCAUAAGUACUGGAGACACACAGAAGAAUCCUAUCACCUCUUAUCCGACCACAGAUGCGGGAGAGGAUGGAUACUGCGGAAUAUACCAAUAA